GUGUCCCUGGUGGUUUGCCUAAGCCUGUAAAUGUCACCUUCUUAUCCAUAAACAUGAAGAAUACCCUACAGUGGAGUCCACCAGAGGGCCUACAAGGAGUAGAAGUUACUUAUACUGUGCAGUAUUUCAUAUAUGGGCAAAAGAAAUGGCUGAAUAAAUCUGAAUGCAGAAAUAUCAACAGGACCUACUGUGAUCUCUCUGCUGAAACUUCUGACUUUGAACAUCAAUAUUAUGCCAAAGUUAAAGCCAUUUGGGGAACUAAUUGUUCCAAUUGGGCAGAAACUGGACGAUUCUAUCCUUUCUUAGAAACACAAAUUGGCCCACCAGAGGUUGCUUUGAAUCCUGAAGAGAGAUCCAUUUCUGUUGUUCUGACGGCUCCAGAGAAGUGGAAGAAAAAUCCAGAAGAAAGUUCCAUUUCCAUGCAACAAAUCUACUCUAAUCUGAAGUAUAAUGUGUCCGUGUAUAAUACUAAGUCAAACAGAACGUGGUCUCAGUAUGUGACCAACCACUCGCUGGUGCUCAGCUGGCUGGAGCCGGACACACUGUACUGCAUCCGCGUGAAGUCCUUCGUCCCAGGACCGCCUCGCCUUGCUCAGCCCUCCGAGAAGCGGUGUGUCAGUACUUUGAAAGGUCAAACAUCAACAUUGAAAAUUAAAAUCAUUUUCUGGUAUGUUUUGCCCAUAUCUGUUACCGUGUUUAUCUUUUCUGUGAUGGGCUUCUCCAUGUACAGAUAUAUCCAUGUUGGCAAAAAGGAACACCCAGCAAAUUUGAUUUUGAUUUAUGGAAAUGAACUUGACAAAAGAUUCUUUGUACCUGCUGAAAAAAUUGUGGUUAACUUUAUCACCCUCGGUAUUUUGGAGGAUUCUAAAAUUUCUCAGAAGGACGGAAGUGUAAUGGAAAAAAGCAAUGAUGGCUCGGACCUGAAUGAGCCCCGCAAGGACCAGGAGCCCCGUGAGGAGGAAACGGGGGUGAAGCAUUUAGGGUAUGCUUCACAUUUCAUGGACGUCUUCUGUGACUCUGAGGAAAGCUCCGAAGGGACUUCCCUGACCCAGCAAGAGUCACUCAGCAGAACAAUACCCACAGAGAAAAUAGCCCUUGACUAUGAAUAUGAUGUGAGAACUGCUGACGUUUCCCUGGGGCCUGGAGAUCAAGAGCUCGGUUUGCAGGAGGAGGAGGUGUUCCUACAAGGAAAACUAUUUGAACCACAGGCAGCUUCUGCAGACUCAGGCCCACACACACUACUGUAUUCAUACACUCCUCAACUCAGAGACUUGGCCCACCUACCAGAGGAGCAUGUGGACACCGGAGAGGAGCCAGAAGAGGAGCCAACCACUACCCUGGUUGAUUGGGACCCUCGGACUGGCAGGCUGUGGAUACCUUCACUGUCUAGCUUUGAACAUGACUCAGAAGGAUGUGAGCAUCCUGAGUACCAGGAGCUCACACACGAGGGCCUUUUGUCAAGACUGUAUGAGCAGCAGGCUCCAGACAAGCUACUGGAAGAAGAUGAAACCUAUCUGAUGCAAUUUUUGGAGGAAUGGGGGUUGUAUGUACAAAUGGAAGACUAG